UGCUCUAGUAUUUUGCAUAAAUACCUGACCAUGCCAGGCAAUGUGAUUUACAACAUUUAACAAACAAUACUUUUUGAGCCAUCCAAAUCAUGGCAUCUUUCAUGAUACCAUUCAAAGCCCUGUUCUUCCUCAUAGUUGUCCUGCAUCAGUCUCCCUCUGUUUUUUCUUCUUCAUCCUCCAUUGCUGCAAAUGAAACAGAAACUCUUCUAAAAUGGAAAGCUAGCCUUGACAACAACACCCAAACUUUGCUCUCUUCGUGGGUUGGAGGCAACCAUUGCAACUGGGUCGGAAUCACUUGCGACAUGGCCGGAACCAUCACCAAUCUAAGCCUUCCAGAUCAUAUGUUGAACUUGAAAGGUACACUUCAUAGUCUUAACUUUUUUUUCCUCCCUAAUCUGGUGUGGCUUAACCUUCGUAACAACUCACUGUAUGGGUCCAUCCCCUCACACAUUGGGAACCUUUCUAAGCUCACCCACCUUGACUUGUCAUACAAUACUUUUUCUGGGAAUAUUCCAUCCGAAAUUUCCUUAUUGAAAUGUCUUGAGUUGAUUUCCUUAUCAAAUAAUGAGAUCAAUGGUUCCAUUCCACAAGAAAUAGGGAGGUUGAGUUCAGUUUCCAAGAUCUAUUUCUAUGUUAACCAUCUAAGUGGUUCUAUACCUGAAGAGGUUUGCAACCUUUCCAAGCUCACUGAGCUUGACUUGUCACAAAAUAAUUUCUUUGGAAGUAUUCCUUCUAAAAUCGGAAGGUUCAGUUCACUUUCUGUACUUGCCCUUAAUGCAAACAAUCUCACCGGUCCAAUACCUAUUUCCAUUGGAAGCUUGCACAAUUUGUCCCGACUUAUUCUCCUUGACAAUAGGCUCAAUGGUUCCAUGCCUAAAGAAGUUGGAAUGAUGAAGUCACUUAAUAUGCUUGAUCUUUCAACCAACCAACUAACUGGUCCUAUCCCAACAUCUAUAGGAAACUUAAGUAACAUGGUAUGGCUCUAUCUGUACGAAAAUCAGCUCUCUGGUUCUAUCCCCAAUGAAAUAGGAUUGCUUCAAUCUCUUAAAACGUUGCAGUUGUUAAGUAAUAAUCUCACUGGUGUCAUCCCUGCUUCCAUAGGAAACUUGACCAGCUUAUCUACUCUCUACCUUCAUCGAAAUAUGUUUUCUGGUUCAAUCCCUGCUUCCAUAGGAAACUUGACCAGCUUAUCUACUCUCAACCUUCAUCAAAAUAUGUUUUCUGGUUCAAUCCCUGCAUCCAUAGGAAACUUGACCAGCUUGUCUACUCUCGCCCUUCCUCUAAAUAUGUUCUCUGGUUCAAUCCCUGCUUCCAUAGGAAAAUUGACAACCUUAUCUACUCUCUACCUUGAUCAAAAUAUGUUUUCUGGUUCAAUCCCUGCUUCAAUUGGAAACAUGACGAACAAUCUUACUCAUUUGGAAUCAUUCCAAAUAUCGGACAACCAUUUCAGUGGUCCAUUACCCGAGAAUGUGUGCCACGGUGGACAACUCGAAUGGCUUGGGGCUGUGAACAACAAUUUGAGGGGUCCGAUCCCAUCAAGUUUAAGAAACUGCAAAAGCUUACACAGAGUUAGGCUUGAGGGAAACCAGUUGACAGGAAAUAUAUCAGAAGCUUUUGGUAUAUAUCCUAAUUUGAAUUAUAUUGCAUUAAGCAACAACAACUUUUAUGGUGAACUUUCGCCAAACUGGGGGCAAUGCCAUAAUCUAACAAGCCUACGAAUCUCCAAUAAUAACAUUUCUGGAAAGAUACCACCUGAGCUGAAGCAUGCAACUCAAUUACACGAACUCGAUGUCUCUUCAAAUCAUCUCAUUGGUGAGAUUCCCAAGGAAUUGGGAGCAUUGACAUUGAUGUACAAACUUUUGCUAAGUGGUAACCAACUUUCAGGCAAAAUUCCACCAGAGAUUGGAGUUCUUUCAAAUCUAGAACAUCUUAACUUGGCAUCAAACAAUUUGAGUGGACCGAUUCCUAAUCAACUUGGAGAGUGCUCAAAGUUAUUGGACCUGAAUUUGAGCAAGAAUAAACUUGGAGAAAGCAUUCCACUUUCAGUAAGCUACAUAAAUGGCCUUCAAAAUCUAGAUUUAAGUCAGAAUUUACUUAUUGGGGAGAUACCACAACAGCUUGCAAAAUUACAUUCCUUGGAAACAUUGGACCUUUCUCACAAUAUGCUCAAUGGUUCCAUCCCAAAUUCUUUUAACAAUUUGCAAAGCUUGACUGUUGUGAAUAUAUCUUACAAUCAAUUAGAAGGCUCUAUUCCUAACAUUAAGGCAUUUCAUGAGGCUUCAUUUGAUGCCUUAAGAAACAAUAAGGGACUAUGUGGUAAUGCCACUGGACUAAUGCCUUGUGCUGUCGCUGCUACUAGCAACGGUCAUAGAAAGAGCACCAAAGUCAUCAUUUUCAUUGUGCUUCCACUCUUUGGUCUUCUUCUUUUGCUCUUCAUCAUGGCUGGCAGCUUCCUUACUCUUUGCCAAAAGAACCAAACCAGAAAAUCCGAGUCAAUUGAGGCACAACUUGGAGAUUUUUUCACAUUGUGGGGAUAUAAUGGAAGAAUACUCUAUGAGAAUAUUAUUGAAGCCACUGAAGAUUUCAGCUCCAACAAAUGCAUUGGUUCAGGAGGCUAUGGAGCUGUUUAUAAAGCUGCGCUACCCAUUGGUGAGGUGGUUGCUGUGAAGAAACUUCACCAAUCUGAAGAUAGCAUGAUUUCCAACAACUUGAAAGCCUUUGAAAGCGAGAUUCAUGCUUUAUCAGAAAUAAGGCAUCGUAACAUUGUGAAGCUGUAUGGCUUUUGUUCACAUCCAAAGAACUCAUUUUUGGUUUAUGAGUUUGUAGAACGGGGAAGUUUGAGAAUGGUGUUAAGCAACAAGGACGAGGCAAUGGAGUUGGAUUGGGAAAAGAGGCUAAAUGUUGUAAAAGGAGUGGCCAAUGCCUUGUCUUAUAUGCAUCAUGACCAUUCACCACCGAUAAUUCAUCGAGACAUUUCCAGCAACAAUGUUCUUCUGGAUUUGGACUAUGAGGCUCAUGUCUCAGAUUUCGGCACAGCUAGGCUUUUAAAGUCCGACUCUUCCAAUUGGACCUCACUUGCUGGCACUUUGGGGUACAUAGCUCCAGGUAUUUAUUGA